CCCCCACAGACGGGAAAACACGAACGCCAUUGCGGUAGACCGAGGGAGGACUCAGGCCGGGGUGUUGCAUCACGCGGGGAAAGGGGGACAAGGGGUCGUUGAUGAGGACCCUUCCACGUCCUUACAUACUUGGGCAAGCCAUGGACGCAUCGGGUCCCCGGGGUUUGGGACGCGGAGAAUAAGUUAUAUUGACAUCUUGAACUUGGCGCUAUAUAACCACCGGAUCGGGCUGCCGCUGGACCCCUGGUCAUACACGGACGACACGACACUCUCAAAUCGUCAGUGUCGCUACACUACGAAUCCGCGCCAACAUGCUGUGGCCCUUCCCGUUGGGGAGGGCGCUCCGUCGCCUUCAAGUGCCACGGGAAUCCGACGUGGAAACAACGGCGUACAUGAACCGCGACACGCGACCUUUGCCCCUGUCCCGCCGGACGUACGGGCCCUGGCAGUUUGUCGGCCUCUGGAUCGUCACGGGCUCCUUCAACAUUGGCGGCUGGUGCACCGGGUCGGCCCUCAUCGCCCUGGGCCUCACCGUCUGGCAAGCCAUGGCCACCGUCAUCGUCGGCCACUGCAUCGUCGGCAUCAUCUGCGUCAUGACCGGCGCGCCGGGAGCCAAGUGGCACAUCGGCUUCUCCAUCCUGCAGAAGAGCAGCUGGGGCAUGUGGGGCGCCCUCGUGCCCAUGGUGCAGCGCAUCAUGCUCUCCUUCAUCUGGUACUCGACCCAGGUCUACUGGGGCGGCCAGUGCGUGCGAACCUUCAUCGCCGCGCUCUGGCCCGCCUUCAACUCCCUCGACGCCCCUCUCGCCGACGGCACCAUGACCGUGGCCGACUUUAUCGGUUUCAUCGUCUUCUCCCUCCUUUGCCUCCCGCUCAUCUGGAUCCGGCCCGAGCGCUACCACGUCCCCUUCGCCGCCGCCGCCGUCACCGUCAUCCCCGCGGUUUUUGUCCUGCUCGUCUGGUGCGUCGUUCAGACGGGCGGGCUGGGCCCCAUGGUCGGCGACAUCGAGGGCACGGCGGGGGUGAAGCCGGCCAGGGGAAGCCGGCUCGCCUGGAUGAUCGUCCUGGGCAUCUGCACCAACAUUUCCGGCAUCGCCACCCACCUGUGCAGCCAGUCCGAUUACACGCGGUUCGCCCGCCGCCCGCGCGACCAGCUGAUGGCUCAGCUCAUCUUCGUCCCCACCAACACCAUUGUGGUGUCCUUCAUCGGCAUGGUGUGCACGUCGUGUGCCGCCGAGCUGUUCCCCGCCACGAGGGGCUCCCUGGUCUGGGAACCCUACCGGUUCCUCGACGCCCUGCAGGCGCAUUACAACGACGGCGCCGGCGCCCGCGUGGCGGUGGCGUUCGCGUCGCUGGCCUUCAUCAUGGCGCAGUUCGGCAUCGCCGUCGCGCAGAACGCCCUCUCCAACGGCAUCGACCUAUCCGCCCUCGCGCCGCGCCUCUUCAACCUCCGCCGGGGCGGCUACCUCACGGCCGCCUGCGCCUUCGCCAUGCAGCCGUGGCAGCUGCUGAACGGGGCGAGCAAGUUCCUCGCCGUCAUGGGCGGCUACGGCGUCUUCCUCGGGUCGCUGAUGGGCGUCAUGUUCGCCGACUACUACGUCGUCCGCGCGCGCCGGCUGCGGCUCACGCACCUGUACGACAUGUCGAGUUGCAGCAUCUACUGGUACGCGAACGGCGUCAACUGGCGGGCCGUGGUGGCGUGGGUCGCCGGCACGUGGCCGCUGCUCCCCGGGUUCGUGAUGCGCGUGCGCGACCCCGACGCCGUGUUCCCCGGGUGGUCGCAUCUCUAUUACAUGGCUUGGCCCGCGGGGUGCGGGCUGGCUGUCUUGACGUACUUGUUUUGCCACUAUGUGGUUUCCCCGAUUCAGAGUCCUCGCGAGGUGGACGAGUUGGAUUAUUUCGGCACGUUUGGCGCGACGCCGGAGCAGAUGGCGGAGGAGGUUGACGCGGCCCGGGGGGGUCAAGGGGGUGAUGGGGGGGAAAGGGAUAAGGGGUCGUCGGUGAAGCGGGCUGGUUACGGGACGUGCUGAUGGAAUUCGUUGACUUUAUCGUCCGCUUGGCAUUGACGUAUCAUGGGAACUUUCCACGCACGAGUUGUGCAUCCUAUAGCAAGUCUUCUGAUUUUAGUUUUUUAGUUCUCCUUCCUGAUUAGUUGGGCGUUUGAAGCUAUUCCCAGUCUCUUGGACAGUAAGACCCCAACUCGUUCCAGGACUACUCUUAUCCCGAUCCUAGAUUCCCCUCUCACAUUAGUGAAUAUCCAGGGCCAGGACUUUUGCUCUUUGGUCAUCUUUAUAAUGCGG